AUGACAAACAAUACCUACUGGCAAGCAUUUCCUACCAACAUGGUGGAUGCACCUGGCUUAUUGAUUCCUCAGCAAACACCACCUUCGCACUUGCCUCACUCUCAUCAUCACCCACAACAACAACAACAACAACAACAGCAACAGCAACAGCAGCAUCCCAAUCCGCAACAACAACAGCAGCAACAACAGCAACAGCCGUGGUCGGACGAUGCUGAUAAAAGAAAGUGGAGUCAGGAGUUUGGCGAAUUUGACAUCAAUUCUCAUGCGAACAAAAUGUUUCAUAUGGAUGAUUACAGCAACAGCAAUAACAACGACCCUAGUGAAGGCGAUAGUCCAGAUAGUGGUAGUGGAUCUCAUAGAAGACAUGAUUUAUUAUCAGAUUCUGGUUUGUUUCAUGGAGCCGAUCAAAAGCAAAGACGAAAGGAACAAAACAGAGCCGCACAAAGAGCCUUCAGAGAGCGUAAAGAACGAUACGUGAAAGAGCUUCAAAUCAAAAUCAAAGAAAUGGAAAACAAGCACAAUGAUGAGCUUCUUCGCGUCACUCAAGAAAACGACUCUUUAAAAGCUCUUGUCAAAAGAAUGGAAGCUGAAAUUUACACUCUCAAAGGUGCUGCCAUGGCGUUCAAUGUGUCCAUCAGCAAAAUGCGUGAAGCAGGUCUUGACGUACAAACUACCUCUGUCAUUCGCGAUACACCUUCUCCACCUCAAUCUGUCGAUCGGCAUCCGUCUCCUCCAGCUGCUGCUGCUCGUCCUUAUGACAGAACCAUUCCUCGAUCCUCCGCUGUUGCCACUCUUCGCGAUAGAGACGGCUAUUCUACCACUGACAGACACUCCUCUAUCCAUGAUCCUCUGCUUGACAAUGUUAAUCGAUACAAUAGCUCACCAGUGGUCUACAAUCAUUCCUACAAUCAUCAUGCCAACGACGCUACCACAGAUGAUGAUUUAACAAUUGAAGAUGAAGAGCCAGCACACUCUACAAGCUUUGCCGAACGAGAAGUAAGCCGGUUUGACCAUCAGGUGGACCCAAUGAUGAACUCUGGUGUCAAAAUGAUUCCCUGCUCUCAAAUCUGGGAAAGAUUAUCACAACACCCGAAUUUUGACGAAUUCGAUAUGGACCAACUUUGCGAAGAGCUAAAAAAGAAGGCCAAAUGCUCUGGUACUGGUCCUGUCAUUCCAGAAUUCGAGUUGCAAGAAGUAUUGCGCAGGAUGGAUUCUCGACAGAUCUAA